GGUUUGGCGAUGCCGGGCACAGCCGAGGACCUCCGGAGCCUCCCGCGCGGCUGGAUUGUGCUGGCGCGCGACUCCAAGAGUCCCGAAGAGCACGCCAAGUACCUUCGCUACUGCCGCCUCAAGCAAAAGGGCUACCGCGAGCGCGCGGUCUCGGAGAUCAAGCAGCUCGCCGCGACGGCCGCCGAGCUCGAGGCGCGGCUCGCAUCGGCCAAGAAGCAGCCGCGCGUCCUUGGCUGGGUCGAUGUCGCCAAAGCCCUCGAGAACGACCUCGCCGACGUGCGCAUGACCAACAAGCAGCUCAAGCGGCUUCGCGGCCUGCGCGCACAGCUCAUUUGCACGAUGCAAGACUGGAUUGGCACCGUCCUCGCGAAACCCGUGGGCGCCAACGCCGUCUCGUGGCAGCUCACGACGCUGGGGGCUGACCCGACCUCGCGCAAGCUCGGCAUUGACUGGAUCACGCGGGCUCGCAUGCACAACACCGACAGCAUGAUGCUUCAAUAUGGAUUUCCGUCCUCCAACGUCCCGAUCCUCGACUUUGAUAUGAAGGAGCUCGAGAACGAGACGUUCGAGUACGUCUGGCGGGACCAGCUCGUCAUUCACCACCCGCACGACCUCGUCCUGGACGUGAUGCGGUACCGACUGGACCAGACAAUGAAGGGCACGCAGUGGCGAAGUCCCGACUCGAUCGCGCUGGAAAAAGACAUCGUGCAGGAAAUCGGCCACACGCGGUACCAGCGAACGCUACGCGGGACGCUCGAGCGGCCAGUCGAGUACAUGAACUUUAUCUGGCGCGAGUUUCACUUGCCAGAACGCACCAUCAUUGUGGGCCAAAACAUUACCGACGACGCCACGCUUCACGCAAGCCCGCAGUCGCGCUACAUGAUGUUCUGGUAUGUGCUGGACCGUGUCGACGCUUGCCAGACCAAGCUCCGCGUGCUCGCGAUCUCGUCGCACUACUUUAACGCGCGUGGGUACGUCUCCCGCGACGACGAAUUCGCGUUGAUUGGGUACAAGCCGACCGGCGCCGACGAAAACAUUGAGCUCGCGCGCUUCAAGUACCACGUCUCGCGCAUGUACACGCGCACGAGCGGCAUGUUUGAGCGCGACCUCGAUAGUUACAUUGCGGCCACGCUCGCGUGACAAUGUUGUCUUUCACUAUGUGUGUGGUAGUUUUACGAUUUUUGGUGAUUGUAGCAUUUAUUUGAUGG